AUGGUAUCUUAUGAAUGGUGUCCCGCUCCUCCCGAAAAUGUUCCAGUUUCCAUUAAAUGCGAUUCAAGUUUCAACAAUUUUAGGGAGGUGGGAAAAUAUGUGAUUCAAUUAGUGUACUUGGUGCCGGGCAUUUGGAUGCAUUUCAUGAUUUUGUGGAGCAGGUUUGGGAUUCAACAAAACAAUAAUUCGUUUGGUAUUAUUUUCAUGGUCAAUUCGAUUGUGGUGUGUGCAUAUUUCUUAAGACGCAAUAAGUUCUCCUUAAUUUCCAGAGUCUUCUUGAACUUCUCAUCCACACUUUUAUCUAUCGUCCCUUGAUAUUUAUCCCUCCACUUUGCCCAAUUUUUACUCCAAUUCUCGCAUAUCCUUCAAUUAUUUGGAAAUUUAUCAUGGUUCUACAAAACCAUCUAAAAGCGGCCAAAUCAAUGACCCAAAUUUUCAUGAGUUUAAAUCGAAUGACUUGUGCUCUUUGGCCGAUCGAAUAUAAUACAAUAUGGACUAAGAAUCGUCUAAAAUUAGUUGUAUUUUUGAUAAUUGUAAUGCCAGUUGGCACAACUUUCAAUUUGAUAUUAUCAAGAAUCACAAUACAACCAAUUUAUGGAGGAUUCACCAAUAAUUAUAUCAAGACAAUUUCUUGGGCAAUUCUACCAUUCCAACAUUUUAUAUUGAUCCUUAUUGCAUUAUUUUUCACAAUCAUUUGCACAAGUAUUGCAAUUUAUGCAUUGCUCAUGUUACCAAAUCGUGUUAAAGAUGCAGAACGAGCAUUGUGUAUUGCUGCAAUUGUAUUUUCAAUUGGUUUUAUCUGCGCGGCCAUCGCGCAAGCUAUGAUGGUUUUUUGCUCGAAUGGUCUAUUUGGAGCAUGUUAUGGCGAUCUUCUGUUUAUGGUUCAUUUUUGGUGCAUUGAUUUUCUUGAUCUUAUUCAACCUAUAGUCACACUUUUUUUGAGCAAAGAAUUGCGAAGACAAAUCUUUGGCACCAAGGCUGUUGUUUUUCAAAUUGGAACUUCUUGA